AUGGAUCUAGACCGCUGUAACAUGAUCGACGUGGGGCUGCCCUUGGAAGCUACUUGGAAACGUCCACUGAUGCAAAAUCAGCCAGGCUGCCUGGCUCGUGGGCUGAAUUCAAUCUGGCUGUACAGAAAGCGAACGGCCUGCGAAAGCUCCCAGCGCCAGAAGACAAUAACAAGCCGAGAAAUGAAAGCGUUGCCAGUUAACGAAGCGCUGAAGUUCUUUCAUUCCCACGACACCCACCGAUGUGACCCAAAUAGAGAAGCCUCUCUUCAGAGUCAAGUGAACGAAGGCAUCUUUCCACAGAUGGAGGUGACUCCACAGAAGGAGCAGAAGAUGGAAGAGCAGGAUCCAGAAAGACCUGGGACUGGCAAGAGAGCAAGGAAAAGCCCCUUUCUCCUCCAAGCUGGGAGUGGUGUUGAAUUCCGGGAAAGGGCUGGGCCAGAGAGCCUGGCUAAGGACACCGUGACCUCAGAUGCGCACAGCCUACGCUUCCGGCAGUUCCGCUACCAUGAGGCCGAUGGGCCCCGAGAGGUUUGCAGCCAGCUCCAUGGACUUUGCAGCCAGUGGCUGGAGCCGGAGAGGCACACCAAGAAGCAGAUCGUGGACCUGGUGAUCCUGGAGCAGUUCCUGACUCUCCUGCCCCAGGAAAUGCAGGGCUGGGUCAGAGGAUGUGGGCCGGAGACCAGUUCCCAGGCGGUGGCCCUGGCCGAAGGUUUCCUCCUGAGUCAGGCAGAGGAGAAGAGGCAGGCAGGACAGAUGUGGGCCUCAUCCAGGAAGAAAGAAGCUACGUUCCCUGAGGCGGAAGGAGCUUCCUUGGAGCAAGGGCAGAGGGCGCAGGCUGUGGAGCGUGUCCAAGAUGCCCUCCCCUUGUGGUAA